GACGCGGGGCGCUGCGGAGUUACUGUGGUGAUGGAACCGCUGGGUCUCCCUGGGGCCGGGACGCUUAGAGGCCUCGCGUGUCGGGAUGGCCAGGGUUUCCUCCGGGGAGGGGCCGCGUCUCGGGUGUGGACUAUAAUCUACGCAAGGUGUACACGUCUGGCCUGAAUUGAGCUGUCAGCCUCCUCAUCAUGUCGAGCUGCUUCUUCCUCAUGAAAGCACUUCUCGUUCUUGGGUCCCUGGCAUCCUGGGUGACUGCAGGAAAGCAUGAGUUUGCUGAAUGUCCUGCCGACCCCAACCCAUGUGAGAAUCUGUGUGAUGGGGACUCUUCCUGUCCCCAGGGGCAUAAAUGCUGCAGCACUGGCUGUGGACGCAUCUGCCGUGGAGACAUUGAGGGAGGGCGGGACGGCGAGUGUCCACAGGUUUUCUUGGGCCUGUGCAUUUUCAACUGCGUGUCUGAUGCUAACUGCGAAGCUGGGGAAAAGUGCUGCAAGUCAGGCUGUGGCCGCUUCUGUGUCCCGGCAGUUCUGUUAUCCCUAGCUGGCCAUGAAACCCAAGUGGGCAUCACAUCUGAUUCUGAAUGAGAGAUCCCAGUGCCCUAGCUGUCCUGAUUUGUCCUGAGCUUCUCUGGUGACUCCAGGCGGCUUGUUGUGGCAGCCAGGAGAGAGUGAUGUCCUGGAGCUUGUGACACUCCCAGGGGCUCUCAUUGCUCUCUGCACUGCUUCUGCUCCUGCUGUUGUCCUGAGCACAGGAAACAGCCCUGGGUUUGGGCAAUGGGUGUGUGGUGCUUCUUUACCCCAAGAAAGGCUGGUGCUGA